CACACAACACGCAAGCAAGCAAGCAAGCAAGCAAACACAAGCAACAAGCAGUGAUGAUGUUCAGUGUGGUGUUGUGUGCGGCGGCGCUCGUCGCACUCGCUGUGGUGCCGGCAAACGCAGGGUCGCCACUGGCGUCCAAAGUCGUGUACAGCCUGAACGCUGGCGGCAACAGCUUUGUGUCGUCCACGGGAGUGCAGUUCCAACGCGACACGGACGAUGUGACUCAAGCAUCGCCCAAGGGCGUGUCCGCGACGGUGAACAUCCCGAUACGCGGGGCUAUGCCUCAGGACAUGGAGCUGUACACAACCGAGCGGUAUGCCCAGCAGACCUUCUCCUACAACAUCCCAAGACCCAAGAAGGACGGCGAGUACACUCUCGCGCUCUUCUUCUCAGAGGUGUACUUCCAGUCGCCGAACAGCAAGGUGUUUGACGUCUUCCUGAACCGCGACCUUCGCAUCGUGGAGUCUCUCGACAUCUUCGCCACCGUCGGUUAUGGCGCUGCCUACAACGUCUUCGUUCCCAUCACCAUCAAAGGCAAUGAGGUGGAGACGGCGAGCGGCACCGCCCCCAUCCCAGACACUGGCCUGCUGCUUGAAUUUGUCAAGGGCUCGUUUGACAACCCAAAGGUCUGCGGCUUUGCGCUCGUCGCCGGCAACGAGGACGUUGCACGGGAGCUGUUCCCGCUGGACACGGUGGAGGACAUCGAAGACGAAGACGAGGAGGAGGAUGGCCAGGACGAUGCCACCGAUGCGCAGGACGCCACGGCAGACAGCAGCCAGCAGCAGCAACAACAGGCAACCCCCACGAUGGAUGCCAAGAAGGACAAACUGCGCAAGCAAAAACGCCGCGUCACCCCACCGGCUGAGGAGACGUCGCUGCCGCUGAUUCCAAUUGCCAUCGCCGUCGGCGUUGUGUUCGCCGGAUACAAGCUCCUCUUCAAGUGAAUUGAAAUCAUGCAAUCACACACGCACACACGCACACACGCACACACGCACCGUGGCGGUGUGACGUUGUGUUGCAACCAGUAUCGAUGGCGUGCAACAAGCCCACACCCCCUCACUCGUAUCAUGACAUUACGCGGUUUGCGUUUCUGUCCUCAUUGUGCUGGUAUACACACGUGCUCGUUUGGUUCUCGCUGUGCAUCUAACAUGCACAACCCUCCCUCUCCUCGUGUUCCUCCAAUCUCAGCUAUUGCGUCACUGUUUAGUUGCUGUUCAUGAGUCCCUCCCCAGCACCGUCGCCUACACCCAUCGAAACAGUUCACUCUUGACAAAUGGCAAACAAACACUCAUCAUGCGUCUGGUACAUACGCACACACGCAGCGAAGAAGGAACAAGUGCAAGAGAGAGCACCACCAGCAGCAAGUUAACGGCACAACUUCAGCCACGUAAACAUCCCAACA